AAAUCCAACGAGUCCCUACAUUUCCCCCCUUUUCUAUUUAUUUUUUCCUCACUCUUGUCAGUUAUCAGCAUGAACUGGCCAUAAUAAUUUAUAAAAAAAAAGGCAAACAGGAAAUAAAAAGGAGCUUUCUUUUCCGGAGAUUGAAAUGGACCCAUUACCAUGAGACUACUGUUUUCAGAUAAUAACGGUUAGAUUCGAAGAGGGGGAGCUUGUCUUUGCUUUCUUUUUUGUUUUACUUGCAGAGUGACUGUGAACCAGAAGAGUUAACGAGAAGACAAGAACAAGUGAGAAGGAAGCUACAGAAGAAGAGAAAAAGUUCUGGGUUUUUUUUGUUUUGUUUUAGAAAUGGAUGAAUCUGCUUGUCUCGUUAGAUUGUUUUCUAAUCCUGUAGAUGUUUCUUGUGAAUUUGAAGAGGGUGACCCGGCUCAUGGCCAGAUUCGUGCCCUCACAGAAUCGAUAUCUUUCGGCAGAUUUAUGUCGAAAUCAUUGGCAUGGGAGAAAUGGUCAACAUUUUCUCACAAUCGUUACUUGGAAGAAGUCGAGAAGUUUUGGAAACCGGGAUCUGUUGCUCAGAAGAGGGCGUUUUUUGAAGCUCAUUACAAGAGAAGAGCUGCGAUGAGAGCCGCGGCUUUGCUUGAGCAGACCAAUAUUGUCACAAACGAUGCUUCUCAAAUGGAUUUAGCCAAUUCGAACACGCCUUCAGCUGCAAAUCAACAAGUGUUAGAUUUUUCCGAUGCUGAGAUAGCUAAUACUGCUUAUGUAGAUGCAGGCAAUCUUAAUGUUUUAAGAGAAAAUGAUGUCACCAACGUGGAACAAGGUCCAACGCUGAUGGAAGAAGAUGUGAAUAUGGAGGAAUGUCAGCAGGUUAAGAAUUUGAAUGCUUUCGAAGAUGUUGAAAUCCAUGACAAGAUUACGGCAACCCCAACGAUUCCUCUGAAGAAACAUGAUGAGCCAAAGAACCCGACUUCAUCAAGCAAGAAAAGACGAACAAAUUCUCCAUCAAAGGCAUCUCUUCCUAGUAGAGCAUCCAAAUCUCCACUGCAUCCUUCUAAACGACUGGCUCCAGGACCAGUCAGGAAUGAUGCUGAUGUUGCUAUGCCCACCGGAAACUCAAAUGACAAGAAGAAAACAAUGCCAAACCUGCUCCACAUGCCAAUUAAUUUUGCUUCCAGUGCUGGUAAAACUAAUAAAACGUCAUUAAGAAUGUCAAGAGAUAGUGCAACUCCUCCACAAGCACGAACCAGGGUAUUGAAGAAAGCUGCUGGUCAAGAGAAUUUAACUCCAUCAAGUGAAAAAAGACAAACAAAUUCCACUUUGAAGUUAACUAAUCAUGGUGGAGUAUCCAAAGAAGCAAUGCCUAGAAUCAGAAGUGAGUCAAAUAACCAUGCUUUUAUUAAUAAGAAGCCUUCAUUAGACUCAAAUGAGCAGAGGAGAAUAACUCAAAAAUCCCUUCACGUGUCAAUGAAUUUCUCUCCACGUGCUGGUGAAGCCAAUAAAACAUCGCCCAAGAUAUCCGGAGAAAGUUCGACUCUGCUACGAACUCCAUCCAGGGCAACUGUUAAUGGGGGUUCAAAUCAUGCUUCCAAAGUUAUUCAAUCACAAGAUAAAAGAACCAUAUCAGUAAAUAAGUCAGUUUCAGCUGCAGGAAACAAGCGAUGGCCACCCAUUUCCAACUGCUCGAAAUCUUCAAAUGCAAGUGGAACAAGGACAAAAUCUACUAGUUCGUGUCCAUUUAGUUUCAGGAGCGAAUAAAGGGCAGAAAAACGGAAAGAGUUCUUUAAGACGCUAGAAGACAAAAUGAAUUCAAAGGAGGCAGAAAAAUCACACACGCAAGUAAAAUCAAAGGAGAAAGCAAAGAAUGACUUGAAUAAAUUCAGGCAAAGCACUGAUGUUGAAGCUAGAUCAAAUGAAGGUUCAUGCCAUGGAUCACAGAUAUCACACAAUUAUGUUAAGAAGAUCACUUCAAGUUAGCCUCAAUCACCAAAACAAGGAAGGAAGCAAUCCCGCAGCACAGUGUAGAAUGCAAACUCUAUACCUCCAAAGAGGCCUUCCAUUAAUACUGAAAGCUCCAAGAAUGGACUAAUGAAAAAUAAUAGGAUAUUGGGGACCUCAUUGCCAAAGAAAAGGCAUGAAAAUGCUUCCCCCAAUAUCCAGGUUUCUGUUGGCAAAGUGAGUAUUUCAUCCAAGCACGAAAAUGCAGGAUCAAUAGCUGGUGGAUGCAGCCGAUGACCUUAAGUUCUUCUAGUGACACAGUUAUAGAAACUGAAAAUAAUGUUGUGAGAUAGAAUGGGAAAGAUAACAAAGUGUAGUUUGUAAUUUUUCUUUAGUGCCAAAUUCCACAUAGGUCCUAGGUACACUUUUGUGAA